UGAGUGUCUUUUCAUUCCCACUCCCCCUUUCAGGAUCCGCGUUGAUUCGUGGCUGCUGGUCAGCCGCAAUUGGCGCCCAACGUGGGGCCUGAACACGGGGGAUUCAGUGAGGAACACCGUACGGAUUGGUACCGGCUCGGUUCACGAGCUAAACGGAGCUACGGUGAGUAGGGCACUGUCACCUCGGUCGAAUGAAUGUGUGAGUGAGUGAUAGCUCCACGACCUCGUGUUACGGAGCUUGAGUGGGCUCGUAACUGCGUUUCCGGCACUGUCUCCACGAUAGUCUUGGUCCCGCGAGGGGCACGGCCAGCCGAGCAUCUGUGUGUUUUACUUGUGUGAAAGAAGGGCCGAGGAUAAAGGGAAAUGGGUCACGCUAAUAGCAAGGACCUUUACAUUAGAGGAUUGAAAAAAUCGCUCGCCGCUAGGGGCAGCAAAGUCAGCAGAGACCAAAUGGAAAAAUUCUUAGAUUUUGUGAGAGAAGUGUGCCCUUGGUUCCCAGAUGAAGGUACCGUCAGCUGGGAAACUUGGGAAAAGGUAGGAGAAAGGCUGAAGGAUUACUAUGCAGCGCACGGACCCCAGCAGGUCCCCGUGGAAACUUUUGGAUUGUGGACUCUAGUCAGAGAUUGCCUGGAUCUUAGACAUGAGGGAUGUAAGUUGGAAAAAUUAAGACAGACAGGAUCGGAGGAGAUGCCUCCUUUUGCGCCUGAGACCAAAGGAGAAAUAGAGGCGCCCAAUCCGCCCGAAGAGCUUAUUAAUUUACAGUCUUCGGAUGAACAAUCGGAGGAUUUAGACCCUAAAGAUGAGGAAGAUUUAGAAGAGGCUGCGGCACGAUAUGAUAGGGAAAAAUACCCCCCGAUGAUUGCCGUAGCUCAAGAGGAAAAGUCCUUUUUAGAUACGCAGGAAGGGAAAUCUCUCCUUGAUACAGUCCGUAGCUUGACUCAACAGGUAGAAACUCUUCAAGGCCAACUGGCUGCGAUGAAACUUAAGCAGGAUAAAGGGUCGACUCAAAUUAGAAGCAUUACUGGACCCUCUGUGACAUUUUCCUCUGAACGGUGGAAUUCAGGGGGCAAAGAUCCCCCUGAUAAUAUAGCCUUGCCACCUUCUGCGGUGCCUCCUACGGCACCACCCUUACUACCUACGGAGGCCCCCCUGUGGGACCCUCCUUUAUCUAAACCACCUCCACCCGUUUGGGACAUGCCAACUAAACCUCCGCCAGGAUAUGCUAGGCCAGGGUCAGAUUCGGUUAUGUAUUCUUCCCGAAAUUGUGAAGGCUCUUACAGACAAGGGGGAGAUACGAAACAUCGUGAAACAUUUCCUAUUAUCGAGAGAGUAGAUCAGGAAGGUAAACCCCUACAAGACUGGAAGCCUUUACGGCUUCAUGACACGUUUCCCGUUUUUGAAAGAGCAGAUCAAGAUGGUCAGCCUCAGAGAGAUUGGAGGCCCUUUCAGUGGAAACUGGUAAAAGAUUUGAAGGAAGCAUGCACCCAAUAUGGUCCCAUUGCCCCUUUUACCAUGGCAAUUGUGGACUCAGUAGCUAGAGAAACCUGUACUCCAGAAGACUGGAAGCACAUAACACAUGCUUGCCUGUCCGGAGGUGACUUUCUUAUAUGGAAAUCAGAAUUCUAUGAGAAUUGUAAGAUUAGAGCCAAUGAAAAUGAGAUGAGAAAUAUUCCAAUCACUUUUGAAAUGCUUGCAGGAGAGGGACCCGAGUAUGCGGAUGCUAGAAAUCAAUGGAAUUUUGCACCUCGUGUUUAUGAUCAAAUUGCCUCAGCAGCCAAAAAUGCUUGGCGAAUGUUGCCUGACAAGAAUAGCAAAGAAGAACAGGUUACUCAGAUAAGACAGGGAGCUGAUGAAUCUUUUCAAGAUUUUGUGUCUCGCCUUACUGUUGCUGCGGGACGGACCUUUGGAGCGUCCGUGGCUACGGAGGCUUUCAUUAAACAGCUUGCUUAUGAAAAUGCAAAUUCUGCCUGCCAAGCGAUUAUUAGGCCCAUUAAGAAAAAAGGCACUAUCUCUGAUUUUAUCCGUUCCUGUGCCGAUGUCGGCCCCUCCUUUUCACAGGGAGUGGCCCUGGCUGCCGCUUUGCAAGGAAAAAGCAUUCAUGAAGUAAUGCAGCAACAGGCCAAGCUUCAUGCUAGUGGCCGCGCAGGAGCUUGUUUUAACUGUGGAAAAAUGGGACAUCGAGCUUCUCAAUGCCCACAUAAAAUGGAGGCUAACAAUCCGUCGGCUACUGCUGUGGUUAAAAAACCUCCAGGGCCUUGUCCCAGGUGCAAGAAAGGCGUUCAUUGGGCUAAUGAAUGUAAAUCCAAAACUGACAAAGACGGCAAACCCUUACAGGGAAACUGGGUGAGGGGCCAGCCCCAGGCCCCGACUCAGCAAUGUUAUGGGGCACUGCAGGUUCAGGAACAGACCCAGGAGCCGAAAAAGAACGAACCCCUGCUAGGAAGCAUGUCACAGACUUAUUCAGGGCCACCACAGGCAGCGCAGGAUUGGACUUGUGUUCCACCUCCGACAUCAUAUUAACUC